AUGAACAGUGUAGCCGACGGCCAGCCCAUCCCUUUCGACCUCCAACGAACCAAUGACGACACACACGACCAACAAUUCGCUGCUACCUCAGCCCUGAACGUUGGUGACUCAACCCCAUCACGAACCCCGACGACCGACACGAUUUCCACCAAUCCUACCAAUGGCGAGCUUCAAACGUCGACAAUGCCAUCAGCCGAUGAGGUAGCAAUCUGUGGUUCGGGCACGGUAUCGCCAGAGGAUGCAGAGGGUAUUCGUGUGGCAGCUCAGGAGGACAAAGACGAGCCGGAGAUUGGUCCACAGCCAGCGAUGCAGGAGCACAUCAAGGAGGGUGGCGAAGCUGCGUCUCUCGACCAUGUGGCCUCGCAAAUGGAGUUGCUGGAGCAUAAUACGGACGCUAUGAUCGCUACAAACGGAGUGGUGGUUGAGGACGUUCAAGAAUGGAUGCCGGAUGCGGAUUGUGAACUCAAGCGGGUCAAGGUUUACGAACUCGUUGGGUCACGCUGGGAAGAUCAAGGAACCGCGUUCUGCUUUGGACAGUUCUCUGAAGACACAAGUGAAGCUCUGCUUAUCGCUCGUUCGGAGAAGAACUACAACGAUGUCGUUCUCUCCACCACCAUUCGCUCGAACGACGUUUACCAGCGACAGCAAGACAACAUCUCUUCCUCUCCACUUAUAGGCUCAGAACUGUCGGUCACGGCUGCAAGCAUAUAUCAAUCUGGCGCACUCCCGCAGCCACGCAUAGGCAUCAUUGGCGAAAUAGAAAGGGCUAUCAAGAACCUCGCUCGGCCACAGCAAAUGAGGGAGCGGAUAUGCGAGCACAUCGUCCACGAAGAUUACAUCAAACAGUUGAUUGAAGUACACACCACCGCCGAGGAUCUCGAAGACCUGGAGAAUUUACAUGCUCUUUGCAGCUUGAUGCAAACAAUCCUUAUGCUCAACGAUCACAGCAUGUACGAACACAUUCUCGACGACGAUCUCUUCUUUGGUGUAGUGGGCAUGCUCGAAUACGACCCUGAUUUUCCGGACCACAAAGCCAACUAUCGGGAAUUUCUCAAUCAGCAGUCACACUUCCAUCAACCCAUCCCUAUCCGCGAUUUCCUCAAAGACGUCGUCCUCGCCCGUGCCCUUGACGACUCUACCUUCAACGUUCUCAACUCUUGCAUAAUCUUCAACCAGAUCGAUAUUAUCCAGCACGUACAGCAGGAUCCCGACUUCCUUUCAGAUGUUGUCAGCCUAUUUAUUGAUGGCACCUUGGUCUCGAACUCCAAGAAAUCUGCUCAGUCAUGUCCAGGUGCUCAGCAGCAAGGACACCUUCCUCCGAACCAAAUCAUAAUUAGCCUGAACGGCUCACACGAUGACCAGAUGGACGUCGAUCCUAAACCGGAGGAGCGGGCCUUUUCGAACGCCGCAACUCGGCAGUACUACCAAACCCACUACUCGUGGUCUCCCCCUGACAACAUGUCCGAGGCUGAGAUCAAUCUUCGGAGAGAAGUCAUCAUCCUCAUCCAACAACUCUGCAUGAUGGGCAAGAGUGUCCAGCUACCUGCACGGAUGGCGUUGUUCCGGACGUUGGUCGAGCGGGGGAUUCUGUUUGCGGUCCAGUGGGCUCUCUCGCUGUCGGAAAAAGAAGAGGCAAACAAGUCCAUGAUCAGCGCUGCCGGCGAGGUUCUAUCGACAUUGUUGGAUCAUGAUCUUAACGGGGUCCGGAACCAUUGCAUGCGCCAUGUGGACGCGAUACUGACGGAGCGGGCGGCUGGAAAGAAGGGCGCAGACAAGGCGGAAUCGUUGCUCGAACUGCUGUGCAAGAUGAUGGCGACUAGUCGGGAUUUGGCUAUUCAAAGUCAGGUUGGAGAUGCCUUGAAAGCAUGGCUUGAGGUGCCCCCUUUCAAUGAACACCCUGCGGGCGGCGAGGCCGCGGGACCGCCUAGACCUUCUCUGCGCAAAGAUGGCGAUGUCGGAGAACGAUUCAUCGACUACUUCUACAAAAACUGCGUCCAUACGCUAUUUAGACCUCUCCUCAACCUCACCGAGUGGAAGAACGUUCAAGGCCCUUUACUGCCCCUCUUCCGGGAAGAGGCAACGAGAUUUACCUACUUAGCCGACCUCCUACAUCUAUUCGUGGCUCAACACCAAUUCCAAAGCCACCUCUUCGUCAUUUCUACCAACAUCCUAUCACGUGUGGCCAGUCUCCUUAAAGCGAAAGACAAGCAUCUCCGCCAUGACCUUAUUAAAUUCUGCAUGAUCCAUCAUGAAGCCGAGAUCCGCCAAUUGGCUAAAACGCCGCUCGGAAGCCAACGCUUUGAGCUGUUCAUCCAGCGGUACGAAAUCAAUUGCGAGCCUCCGCCACCUCCUUCGCAAGGAGGGCCAUCCGAAAGAACCGUCGAUCCUCGAGCAUGGGCAGGGCCAAGUCGUGGGAUGCUGGAUGCUGAGGAAGAAGACUACUUCAACGCCGACGAUGACGACGACGCGAAUGUCAUUUCCGUCAACUUGCAAUGGCAGCAGCAAAAACCGAACACACUUCUUUCCUCGGUGCCAAUCAGUGGCAUCAAACGGAAACGGAGACCUGGGAUUUCUGCUGGAACGGCGGGAAGUGUUGGCAAGCCUGGUCCUCUAAAACCACCGCAGCUACGAUCGCCUGGUCUUGGGUCUCUCUUGGACUACGACGACGAUGACGAGGAGUCGCAGGAAGGUGAGAGCAAGGACGAUACGCCGACUGAGGUGGCGAUUCCUCCCACACCACACCUUUCCGCUGCUUCUCUACCCAAGAAACAAGAGCCCAAGCCAUCGCAAGCAGAAGAGGACGACGACGACGACAGCCAGUUCUUCGAGUCUCUAAAGUCCGGGCCGCGGAGUCAAUCUCCAGCACCACCGUCUGGGAGAAACACGCUCGCGCCUCUACGACUGGGAGAGAAGCGACGGCGAAAUGAGGACGAAGACGAACUUUUGGAGCGGUUACGCAAGUCCAAAAAGCUCGACGCUGGUCCAGGCUCGAAAGACAGCGGUCAGGUUGCUGUGGGAGCCAAUCGUGGUAAACCAGGCGACGAUCCUCUCAAGAAGAUCAAGGUGAAACUCGGGCCUACCGGUCUCUCUCUUGCGUUGGGGAAGCAGCCAACGCCAACAGAGAACAAGGACAAAGCGACCUCUCCGACAGAGUCGACUCCACCGACGAAGGACGGUGAUACCGGCUAG